UUGGCCUGGUCGUUGGAUGCCCCGAUAAGAUAGCAGAGAAAGCUCACUAAACGACAAUCAAUUAGUAGAUUAGACUUCGCCGCCUGAAUCAGUCCAUGCCAGUCAAUUGCAAAUCAAUGCUCCAUUGUAUUGUCACAUUCAAACGUUUGUACGUCAAUUUGCUUCUAUUCGGGGGGAAGACAAUAGAUUUACAACCGUCGACGGAAGUGCGCUCUAACUGAUUAAUUGGAUUUUAUUGUUGAGUGAAAACGAACGAAAAUAAAAAAAACGUGGGAAGAUCUACAUCUACCUCCAGGGGUUAGUGCUUCCGUCCUGUUUCGUGAUAAACUGCAUAAAUUCCGAGAACGGGAACUGCUUGGUUGGAUGUUGUGCACCAACACAUUGAUUCUGCAUUAAUCGCAUUAAGCGAUGCCACCUCCGCUGAAGCAACGCGAAAUACCGGAUGAUGAAGUGCAACAGGAAGUUGAUUUUCCAGAAUUCGAUAAAAGACCCGCCUUCAUCCACGUCCUGCUGCUCAACAAAACGCUACGAUUGUUUUUCAUCUUGGGUGCAGCAGCUGUCGUGAUUCCUGCCUUUGCAUAUCUGUUUUUCUUCUCGCAGGAAAUUGGCCACGAACCCAAACAACAACUGGUGGGAACGUGUGGUCACCCAACCCUGUACCACAUUCAGUGUGGUUUUGUUAACAUUUCCAAGGAAGAGUGUCACUUUCUAGGUUGCUGCUACACCAGUUUAGCCACCUGCUAUCACUCUCUUCCAUCCGAAUAUCAGUACCAACUGGAAGAAGAGUGGUAUGAGGGAGCUAUUCUUACUCCUUCCCGGAAUUUUACUCCGUAUCGAAAAUCAUCCACUGCCAAGAUACAAGUCCAUCUGAGCGUUCUGCAGAAAAGUCGACUUCAGCUGACACUGAACACUGUCCGUCAGGACAAUUCUCGACAGCAAUCCGGCACUCAACCCAUUAGUACCAUUGAAACCGACGUACUGCAAGCUCAAAUCUACGCUCCCACUUUUUUCGUGGAAGUCAAACGCAAGUCUAACGAAGAGAUCAUUUUUUCGACUGCUCGUGGACCCCUCGUCGUGACGGAUGAUUUCAUCGAAUGGACACUUCAUCUGGGCGUGGAUAUUCUCUUUGGACUAGGUCAAGCGGUACUGGAAACGGGCAAGAAAUACAUGCUGCUCAACAAUCAGAAUUCAUCCUCCGUUCCAGUUAUCAUGGGAUACAACAGUAAAACGAACCAAUUCAACGGAAUCGUAUUCAGCACCCCCGGCAUGACCGAGAUCGAAAUCGUCCGAUCAAGGUUGAUCAUCAUUCGUAGCCAGUUCACGGGAAGAUUCGAGCUGGAAUUGCUACCAGGACCGAAUCCGUCCGACCUACACAGUCAAUUGAAAGCGAUCUCUCAAAACCAAUACGUACCACCAUUUUGGUCCUACGGAGUCCACGUUUGCGAUCAUUCGCGGAAUGUCAGCUUGAAGAACAUCCAGAGUAGCAUCGAAACCAUGCUCAACACUAGCAUCAUUUUCGAUUCGCACUGCCUUAACGAUGAUCUCUUUUGGCUAUCGAGCAACAUGGCGAUCACCUCGCAGCUAGAGGAUGCACUUCAGUUACUUUCCAGUCACGAGAAACGGUUUCUACCGUCGAUCGUGAUGGUGUUGGAACCAACCGGAAAUUCAAUUCACAUGAAUGCUAGAAGAUAUGGCAUUCUAUUGAGAAGUGCACACAACAUUGUCCCCUAUCGGGGACAAGUUCGCAAUAGAACGGCAGUCUAUGUAGAUUGGCGUACGAACCGUCCCGAAUUGACCACGUGGUUUCAACAAGCCUGGGAUAGAGUUUCCAACCUGAACGCUUCCGGGUAUAGUUUGAAAGAGGAUUCCCUGCGUGACGACGGGAAUACAACUUAUCCUAACCACAGUCAGUUAACGUACCUCCCGGAUGGGUUGAACAGUUCGCUCAUGGAUCUUAUACGAUGGGAUACCAAACUUUCCGACAGUAUGGACUUGGUAAUUAGGAGCCAGAAUCGAUUGGGACCAGAAAUGGUGCGAAUCGUUCAAGCGGAGUUGAAAGGGACAGACGGGCUUUUGAUUACGGGAGCUUACGACAUCUACACCAAGGCAGCGAUCCUGGCGCAAAACGUUUCGGCGACGUGGAUAUCUCUACGGAAUGAAGUCAGUCAUGCGAUCGGGCUCUCCGUAUCAGGAAUAAGUUUCAUCGGAACUCCUAUCUGCGGCAAUGCAGGUGACAAUGUCACCGAAGAACUAUGUAUCCGAUGGUACCAGUUCGGAUCGCUCCUCCCACUGUUCAAAGUUACAGCCGAUCGAACACCAAACCAGUUCAGCCAGUUUGCUCGAAGAAUCAUGCAGUCAGCGAUAAGGAAACGCUACGCUCUACUGGAGUACCUCAACACGCUGAUCUUGACGGAUUCGGCUUAUCUGCGACCGAUGUUCUAUCACUACGACGAAGCCAGAAACUUCACCGUCGAACUGUGGGAGCAGUUCAUGGUUGGAAACGCACUGCUCGUGGCACCCGUAUUGCUACCGCAGAUGGCACAAAUAGACAUCUACUUUCCGGAGACGUUCUACGAGCUGUGGUCCGGCGAAGAGCUUCCCACCAACGAUGUGCUGCACUAUGCGGUGGUGGAGUCCGAUUUGCCACUGUUUCUGAGACCUGGCUGUCUGGUUGGUUUGAGAGAAAUACCCGAUGGUAUCCUGGCGGUGGACGAAGCAAGACUACAGCAGAUGUAUUUGAUUGGAGCGCUCGGGUGUAAUGCACGAAAAAGUAGGUGCGAGGCCGUUGGGAUGCUGGUGUUUAACACUGGUUUUGAAUUGAGUUUUACGGCUGUGCUGGAGGAGAAACUGGUGGUUCGAAUCCAACUGAAGGUCAGUGAUGUGAGUUUGACGGAGUCGGCUUGUUCAACUACUAGAAGAAGUCUAUCUGGUGAGGUAGUCUACGUUCAGCUAUAUGGACACCCCAAUCGAACGGAGCCACUGGUGGAAGUUUUAAACUUCGAUAUUUGUAAACUCGAAAGUGAUGAGUUUGAAAAGAUUUACAUUUUUACCAAUGCAGACCGAGAGUAA